AUGCGGCAGUACCGUACACGUAUCAUCGCCGGUGCAUGUACGAUAGCAUUACUGCUUACGAUUUCCCUCCUCGGUGGCACAUCACGCGUAGGAAUACUGAAAGAUGACAUAGAUGUAGAAACUCAACUGGCAUCAUCAGACGAUGUGGGAGCAUUCGCCGUGCUACGGCCCCAAAGCUCAAAAUGUAGCGUCACGAAGCUAUCUAUGCUCUAUGGAACCCACCGCGUUCCUCAACUGGAGCAUGCUCUCCUGACCCAUCGUCGACACAGUGAGCGCUGGGGCUGCGGAUAUGAAGUUCUAGAGCGUGAUCUCACGUCCCGGAAGCUGUUCAGCAAACAGUACUACCUCAUGUCUAUUAUGUUGCGGGAACUGGCAAAGCCAAUAGAAGAGAGACAAGAAUGGCUCUUGUGGGUCGAUGCCGACUCUAUGAUCCUCAACCCCGCCCUCUCGCCAGAGAUCUUCCUGCCUCCAGCUCAUCUAAAGGAUGUCUAUGCACUUGCAACAGCUGACCACAACGGUCUCAAUUCCGGAAUAUUCUAUCUCAGAGUUCACCCUUUGGCCCUAGACUUACUCACCCAAACUGUUGCUUACCCUCUCUCCCACCCCGAGGACGACCUUGGAUGGUUCAGUGAGCAAGCUGCCAUGGCAAAGGUUAUCGAGUCUAGGGAAACAAACCAGACGUCACAAGCAUAUCCUGGAAUAGUCUGGAUGCCUCGGGUAUGGUUCAACGCUUACGAGUUCGAGUUCGGAUUCGAAGGCAAACCUGGCCAUAUGAUGGUGCACUUUGCGGGCCUGGGCGAGAAAAGACUUUUGCAUAUAUCAAAUUGGCUGGAAAUCCUAGAGCAGACUCCUGGAAAAUGGGAAGCGCCUUUGGAGAAGACUUUUUAUAAAACGGCAAUCUCGGAAUUCUGGACAGAUUUUGAAGCGAAUUAUACGAAGCGAAGUUGA